CUCCAUGCUGCCGCGCUUCUUCCUCACUCCUCGCACUGAGAGCCGCAGCGCGCAGUCCGGCUCCUUCUGGAUCCUGUAAGCACAACUUGCGCCUCACGCACUUUUUUUUUCCUCCUGCGUUUACUUUUUUUCCCAUCCCAAUGAAUCCGGAUCGACAUUAACAGCCGCGCUGUUGCUCUUUAUCCCAGCCUCUGUUGGAGAAAGUCCACAUCACGCCGUCCUGGGAGAGUUGGAGGGGCUUUUUAGAGGUCAUUUUAAGCGCCCUAUGUAAAGGCUGGUUCCUACCUCCACCCCCACAUCCAGGAGACCACUGAGGAGAAGACAUGAGUUUGGUGGAUGUGAGGAGGGCCGCAGGGUCCUUGACCCUGCCCCUGUCUGGCAAUGACCCCAAAGAGCACCACUUGGAUAGCAUGGGGGAAAGCGACCCAGAGUCGCAGCGAGGCAGGACCCUGUCGCCAGACCUGAGGCAGGAUUUCAACAUGAUGGAGCAGAAGAAGAGGGUCACCCACAUCCUGCAGAGUCCAGUGUUUAAAGAUGAGCUGGAGGGCCUGAUUCAGGACCAGAUGACGAAGGGCAACAACCCCUCAGGUCUCCUGGCACUGAGGCAGAUUGCUGACCUGGUCAUGGCCAGCACCGUGGGAGGAGCUGGCCCUUUGACUUCACCCAUCAGCUUUGGGAUGGUAACUCCAAUUAAUGACUUGUACAGCAUCGAGUCUCCUUCCUUUGCCAAAGGAGAGAAACAGACCCGUUGCAAACUGGCCACCCUCUACAGGCUUGUUGAUCUCUUCAGCUGGGCUCGUUUUACAAGCUCCUACAUCACUGUGCGUGUCAACAAAGAGCAGGAUCACAUCCUCAUCAGUCCACAGGGCCUGUCAUUCGCUGAGGUGACUGCAGCUAAUUUGGUGAAGGUGAACAUAGUUGGUGAAGUUGUGGACCAGGGCUCCACUGAUCUGGGCCUUGACCAAUUUGGAUUUGCCCCACAUGCUGCCAUUUACUCGAUGCGCCCCGAUGUUAAAUGCAUCAUCCAUAUACACAGCCCAGCUACAGCUGCUGUGUCCUCGAUGAAAUGUGGAAUCCUGCCCAUUUCCCAGGAGGCUUUGCUGCUGGGAGACGUGAGCUGCUUUGGUUACUAUGGCAGCCUUGAUAAUAAAGAGGAGAAGGUGGAGUUUCAGAAAGCUCUGGGCCCGACUGCCAAGGUGAUGCUUUUGAGGAACCAUGGACUGCUCGCUUUAGGAGAAACAGUGGAGGAAGCUUUUCAUUAUGUGUACCACUCGCAGCAAGCCUGUGACAUCCAGGUGAACUCUCUGAGGUGUUCAGGCAGUGUGGACGACCUUGUGCUCCUGGACAGAGAGACGUUUAAACCCCGCACCCAGGGAGUGGCUGCUGCCGGCGUGCUCAUUGACAAUGAGGUCAAGUGGAAGGUGGGCGAGGCUGAGUUCGAGUCCCUCAUGAGAAUGCUGGACAACCUGGGAUACAGAACAGGUUAUUCAUACCGGAACCCGAUUGUCCGUGAGAAGCCGCGUUCUAAGAACGAUGUGGAAAUCCCCGCCACGGUGUCUGCGGUGCCGCCAGAGGACAGUGAGCUGGGUCUACGCAGCCCCUUCAAGUUUAUGGCACAGAAACAGCAGAGGGAGAGAACCAGGUGGCUCACCUCACCCAACAGCUACCUGAAGGUCAAUGUUCCUGAACAGUCACCCAGCGGGGAUGUCAGCCCACGGACCAAAAUCAUGUGGAUGAAGUCGUCAGAACCAGGCAACAGCGUCGGGACCCCGAUAAAAAUUGAGGAUCCUAACCAGUUUGUCCCACUUAACACCAAUCCUACAGAGGUUCUGGACAAGAGGAACCGGAUAAAGGAACAGCACAGAGGUGAUCAGAUGACUCCAGGACCAAAAUCUCAAUUACUGGCAGGCAUUGUAGUGGACACCAAACCAGGACCGGCCUUCAUCGUUGAAGAUGAGGAGCUCACCCGCUCUCUUCCACCAAACCCUUUCAAUGAUCUCAAUGAAAAGGAGCUUGAGGAUUAUAAGAGCUUGGUUGAAAGAAAGCAGCAAGGCCAAGAAGAGGAUGAAGAUGCCACUGAUGCUGAAGAGAUGACAACAUUUGAUGGCUCUACUAUCUCCCUGUCGCUUUCUCCUAUAAUGACACCAGCGAAACAAGACACAAUACCAAAUGGAAAGGACCACUUGUCAGAGACGGAGGAGGAUCUGAGCAUCGAGGUAUCCAAGCUGAGUGUGAGCACUUCAGAAACGGUGGAAAUCUCCAUAACAACAAGGGAGAAAACGGGGGAGCCUCAGACCCCGGAGAGCCAGAGCAAGUCCCCCAAGAAAAAGAAAAAUAAGUUCCGCACUCCCUCGUUCUUGAAGAAGAGUAAGAAAAAGAAGGAGGAGAAGGCAAAAACAGAAGCUUGAGCAAAGAGUUUCAUUUGAGGGGGAAAGCGUGAUAUGAAUUCCUUAUUUUUGCUGAGUUAAAGAGAAGUGAAAUAAGAGAAAUGGAGCUAUGACAAGAGAGCCUUCUGUAUGUUUUAACAAUCAUUCAAAGUUCUUUCGAUGAUCCUUCAAAGAUCUUUCUAUGUGUUGGGACUUUUUUCAACCUUAUGACUGACAACUGAGAACUUUAUAUGGAUGAAUCUGUUUAAAAA